CCCCUGCACAUAGCUGUGGUCCAUGAGAACAUGAGGAUGGUCAUCAAACUAAUCAACUUGAUGAGGAUAGCUGGAAAGGGUGUUGACAAAUUUAACAAACAACAACAGGUAUGUGACCACGGUAGUUGCCAUUUAAAAAAAAAUAUUUUGUAUGCUCAAACUGAAACAAAAUCUGGAAUCUGAAUCAACGUAAAAUAUUCAGCUUUCUCUAUAUUGACUGUAAGCUAAACAGGAAAAGGCAAAAUUUAAAAAAAAAUUGCUUAAUUUUUUUUUCCCAACAUGAGACUACCAGCUGAAGAAAAAAAAAGUUGUAAAGCUAUUACCAGUAAUGAAUAAUUUAAUAGCUUUCAUUUUAAGUUGAAUGUCUUAUUUUAAUUAUUUAAAAAUGGUUAACUGGAAUUCCAGAAACAGCAAAGUGUAAGCCUAUCUGAACUUUAUUAUUUGACCUCUGGUGUGUCCAUCAUCUAGAAAAAUCUAAGAACGGCUUGGUUAAAAAUUUUUUUAAAAGUUAGCAGAAUGUCCACAGUUUGCUGCUGUUUCUCUCUUAAGCCGAAUUUUUUGUCUAUUUCCCCAAUGUAUAUAGUGCUAUUCUUCUUUCACUCAUUUAAGUUGAGAACAAAUGGAUACCAAUAUAUCUAUUUCUGUGAUGAUCUCUUUCAGACACCAUUACAUCUGGCGGUGAAAUUGGAUUUUCUGCCUGCUGUGGAUAUACUCAUCAAAUCGGGAGCCAGCAUCAAUGCAGUGGAUUGCACUGGAUCAUCCUCCAUCCACAUGGCGGUUCAAGGACGGUCGACCAAGUGCCUGCAGAUGUUACUGGAACGGUGCCAAGAGGCAGAGCUGAACACCAGGAACUUUGAUGGUGAGGGUUCUUUUGACCAGCUGGUCAGAGUCUUGGAAACAGUCGCUUGCGUCCAUCUUGUUUUCCUAUAGCCAGCCAUCUGUGCGGGUGUGGGUGGUUUUCUUCUUUUAAUGAGUAUUUGUUGUUUGCUGACGUGAAUUAAAAAUUGAUAAGUUUCGGUUGCUGUAUUUUUUAAAGUACUUGUUGUUUGCUGAUGUGAAUUAAAAAUUGAUAAGUUUCGGUUGCUGUAUUUUUUAAAGUAUUUGUUGUUUGCAGGCUGUGCAGACGUGCAUUAUGAAAAAAUUGAUACUUUUCAGUUGCUGUUUUUGUCUACAGCCCUGUUUACACUUGGUUUGCCUUGUUUACCCUCAGGUCUGACCCCACUGCACACAGCUGUUGAUAAUGGAGAUUUGGAGCAAGUGGAACUGCUGUUGAAAUAUGGGGCAGAGAUUGAUGUUACAGUGAGUGUCUACCUUUGGGGACUGGUUUCGAAAUGAUGUAGGGACGUUCAAUUUUUUGGUGUGAUCUGAACCUUCCCGGCUGGAUCCAUUUUUUUUUUUCGCCAGCCCCCUCCCAAUCCGUUUUCUACUUUUAGCAGUUCAGCCAACAAUAGGCAUAGAUCAGUGGUUCUUAACCUUUCUAAUUCCGCGACCCUUUAAUACCUUUUCUCAUGCUGUGGCGACCCCCAACGAAAAUAAUACUUAAUAACUGUGGAGUAUAUAUGUAGUCAGAUGGUCUUAGUCGACCCCUGUGAAAGGGUCGUGCGAUCCCCCAAAGGGGUCGCGACCCACAGGUUGAGAACCGCUGGCAUAGAUGGUGUCAGUGUCUUGUCUCAGUGUCAUUGCCAGACACCAUUUUUUAAUGUCUGGCAUAGAAGAAUUGCUCAUGAAAUUCUCUGGUCAUUUCAUCUAAGGUUGAUAUUGUCUGGUAAUUGAAUGAUUACAUUGUCUGGUAAUUGAAUGAUUACAUUGUCUGGUAAUUGAAUGAUGACAUUGUCUGGUAAUUGAAUGAUGACAUUGUCUGGUAACUGAAUGAUGACAUUUCCUGGUAAUUGAAUGAUGACAUGUUAAAUGUUAAGUUCUAUUAGUGGUGGAUCCAGAUUGGGUCACAUCCUCCCCCCCCCCCNCCCCCAACUGUUCAUUAUUCAUUUGAAAAUUUAACAGAAAUUAUUAUGAAAAGAAGACACUAUCAUGUGUUUAUCGUAAGUCCCCCUUAUUAUUAUGGCGCUCCUUCUCCCCCACCUUGCCUCUCGUUCAGCUUUUUUAUGUGUCUCCGUCACCACUGCCCACCAUCAAUUCUUAAAAGCUUGUAACAUAAUUUCACACAAUGUGUUUAUCUCAGGAUGGUAAGAGUGGCAGGACGUGCUUGUUUCAUGCUGCCGAGAGCAACGAGAAGCCAAUGGUAGAACUAUUGUUGAGGCACGGUGCCAACCCCGACGUCCCGAACUACGCCGGGGUGACAACGGCCAUGGCCGCUCAGGGUCGCAACCUG